AUGGCCGAACACGCGGUCGCUGCUGUGCUGCAGCGGGCAGGCGCCACCGUGAUCCAAGAAGUCGCUUCUCUGGGCCAGGUUCCUGCCAAGGUGGAGGCCCUCAAGUCCGAGCUCAAGCGCAUGCAGUGCUUCCUCAGGGACGCCGACGCGAGGAUGGAGAGGGGCGAGAAUGAGAUGCUCAGCCAACUGGUGUCGGAGGUCAGGGACGUCGCCUACAGCGUCGAGAUCAUCAUCGACACGGCCAACAUCUUGGCCAGGGAGAACAACAGACCGCCGUCCCUCCUCGGCGCCAUAUCCAAGGGCGCCUAUUACCCGGUCCACUGCAAGCGCCUGCACAGCGUCGGAAAAAGAAUUGACCAGGUGACAGCAAGAGUUAAUAAGAUCUUCAAAGAAUUUGAAAAGUAUAACAUUCAGAGAACUAGCCUGACUGAGACAAGAUACAGUAUGGAUGAGAACGAGACUCUACGCUCUAGGAGACUGAUGCUUCCGGAUUUCGGGGAUGAGGUUGAUGUCAUUGGCUUUGACAGUGAAAUCAACCAGGUCAAGGAUCAACUGCUUGACUUGGAGAACAAGGACCUCACUGUCGUCUCCCUUGUUGGUCCAGGGGGCUCAGGGAAAUCAACCAUUGCCAGGAAGGUCUACAAUCUUGUCGCCAAAAAGCAUUUCAACUCCUCCGUAUGGAUAUGCAUCUCACAGCAAUUUUCGGUCUAUGGUGCACUGAAGGAUAUCGUUAAAGGGGUCAUGGGGAAUCAAGACUUCGAAGAACUAGGAACAAUGAAUGAGAUUGAAAUCAUCAAGAAGAUCCACAGUUUUCUCAAGGAUAAAAGGUACCUUGUAGUCUUAGAUGAUGUCUGGAAAAUGAAAGACUGGGAUAUGGUCCAAGCUGCCUUUCCUGAUGUGAAAAAUGGAAGCAGAAUUGUUCUGACAACUCGCAACUCAGCAGUUUCCAAUCACCCCAACGCAAGAAAAAUAAUCCAGCAGGUCAAGCUCCUUAACGACGACGAAAGUAUAGAGUUAUUCAACAGAAAGGCAUUCCCUUCCUAUGUCGUCCAUGGCAGAGAUGAUCUGGAUAGCUUCAGAGAACUAGGCAAGGUACUUGCAUUAAAAUGCAAUGGCUUGCCUCUUGCAAUUGUAGUCAUGGGAGGUUUCCUUUCAAAGAAUCUCAGGAUCACCGAGUGGAGAAGAAUGGUUGCUAGCGUAAACUGGGACACAAUGAAGAAUGAAGGUGACAUCAGAGCCAUACUGGACCUAAGUUACUAUGAUCUGCCAAGCAAUCUGAAGGCAUGCUUUUUGUACAUCACAUCAUUCCCAGAAGACUACGCAGUCCCGGUUGGCCUUCUGACGAAGUUGUGGAUUUCAGAGGGUUUCAUAUCAAACGUGCGUGGACGCUCCCUUGAAGAAACUGCGCUCGGGUAUGUGGAAGAACUGGCCCAGCGCUGCUUGAUCCUAAUUGAAAAGAAGAGCUCCAGGUGCAUCAGGGCCGUUAAGGUACAUGACGUGUUGCGCGACUGGGGAAUUGGGCGAGCUCGAAGAGAAGGCUUCUUGAAAGACUGCAGUUCCAGAGAUGAAGUGGAGACCUCAUAUUCCAAUGAAAUGAGAGCUUACAGGGUGGUUCUCUACGACUCCGUUUGCGUGAAGGUCGGUGUUGCUAUGCCAAAUCUGCACACCUUGCUGAUCUUCAAUGCAGCUCGGCUAGAAAAGGACGUCUUCUCUUUCCGAGGCUUGAAUUACCUGCGGGUACUCUACUUUGAUGGCAUGAGAGGGAGAUGGCAGCUACCUGCAGAGAUCGGCCAGAUGGUACAUCUGAGGUACCUUGGCUUGAAAGGUGGCACAUAUGUACUUCCUGCUGCCGUCAGUAAUCUCACAAACUUGCAAACUUUUGAUGCAAGGGAUGCCACAGUGGAAGCGCUCCCUAUUGAUCUCUUGAGCAUUUCAACACUGAAGCAUAUCCAUAUCUACAAGGUCGAGUCAUGGUCCAUGUGGAAGACGAACAUGCAGAGCAACCUGAAGUCACUUUUCAUAUUCCUGGCAGCCAACACCCCAAAGCAAUGGGAAGGAGCAACUGACAGAAUGGAAGAAAAUCCCUCCUGGUGCUUUGGGAAGCACUACCGGAGCGUCAAGCAGCUGGAAAUUGUCGGGGCGUGCGAGGACGAGUUUGGGGUGCCCAACGACCUGCAUCUUCCUGAUCUGCACCUCCUCCCGCACAACCUGAGACGGCUGAAAAUCAGCUGUCCUAAUCUGCUGAAUGAUGAAGACCCCAUGCCGACACUUGGGAGCUGGCUGACGUUCCUGAAUGUGUUGGAAAUAGGGGUCAAGUCAUACACUGGCGCGACCAUGACCUGCCCUUCUGGUGGGUUUCCAGACCUGCACAAUUUGGUGCUCCACGAUCUGGAUAUUGAGGAGUGGAUAUUGGAGGAUGGCGCCAUGCCGAAGCUCAGGAUACUAACUCUCUGCAAGUGCACCAAGCUGAAGGCGCUUCCGCAAGGAUUGCAGCACCUGAAGGAACUUAAGAAGCUGAAAGUGAUAGCAAUGCCUGAUUUGGAUCAAGUAUUAUGCUACCUGCUCCACAAGGCCGGACGCGAGGUCGUCAUCAGGUCGAGUGAGGAGGACUUUGAGCAUGUACAGAUCCCCAAGUAUGACAUCUAAGGAGUAACAGGCCGACAUCCAUGGACAACGGGGAGCAGAAGCAAGUUAAAUUCACCACCAUCUUACAUGCUGGGUGGAAUGGAUUUCUUCGAAAGGCGUACAGGUUUCUCCUGCGAGCUACUGGCCUGGAACUGACAAACUGUCAACGGGUUUAUCUCGCUACUAUUUAUUAUGUGCUUAUAUACCUAGAUUUUACUAAAUGCGUAUACUGUGCAACUCUGAUGUACAGGACACGGUUUGUAGUUUGAAAUAAAAAAAAUCAAGGGCUGAGGGAGAGAAGGCCCUUCGUACAUUUGUUCAAGGAGGAGAUGAGACAUCCCGAACUGUGGCCACGGGUGCUCUGUUCUCACAGUUUGUAAUUUGAGGUUAUGCUGAUUAGUGAUGUUGGGCUAUAGGAACAAUUAAGUGAAAAUUGGUGAAUUCCCCCCAAGUUCGUCGACCUAUGAUCAAAUGACCUAGAGUUGAUGGUCCUCUUGAUAAAAUGCCCUAUAGUUGACAAGCAUCUUGAAGAUUUGGCCUA